AUGGCGCCUAUCCGUUCCUGUGUACGGCGAGUACCCGCAUUAAUUUUCUGCCUCUAUAUUGUUGUUUUUAAUGGGUUUACUAUUGGUGCACCACCUACAGAUGGUAUUUCGGAUAGUGGUGCAUACCCGGCAAGAGGCAUUGCAUUCUACGCUGAUAAUGAAGAGUUCUACCGUAAGGUGAAAAUCCUCGAAACACUUUCUCGACCGGAUAUACAACUUUGUAAUUAUUUGAAGUUUGUACUAUUGGUGAUACGUGACUCUAAGUCUUCACCUGAGGUUAAAGAAGCAGACGCAAAAGAGUGUCAUCAACUCAUGCAUGAUAUCAACCAUAUUAGCAAUGCACAGGGAUAUUACACCGAAUUAAGAACGAUGCUUAAUGAAUACCGUGCAAUAGCCAGGCGGCUUCAAAGGAAAAAUGUACCGCCAGAAAGGUCUGCUGAACUGAGAAGCGCUUUGGAGAAUCUAGAAGAGCGAUUCAAAGGUAAAGAAAAGGCGGUAUCCGACAUCUUGAGAGUCAACAAUGCGUCGUAUUACAGAGAAACAGUCAGAAAAGCGAAAACCUUCAUUCGGAAACAUACGGGUCAAACACCACCCCAAACUCACGAUAAAGGGUCAUCGGAGAUAAGCGGCGGCAAACCAGCAGCACUCGUGUCAGACUCGUCAGGCGACACAGGAGUGCGCCAUAGCGGUGGAGGCGAAAUUGUCCCAGACUCUGACUCAGGCAAUGAAAUGAUGCGAGAAUUACUUAACGAUCGCGUUUUAUCAAAACCAUUGGAGGAGGCUCGAGCAAAGGCGACAAAAAUAGAGGAAAUAUUACGUGACCCUUGA